UAGCUGGAGCCUGUGGCGGCGGCGGUGCGUGCGGCGGGCGUAGGAGCGUGGGGAGGGCCUCCCAGGCGGCGCCUCAGCGCCUCGGGUCUGCCGAGCGCGGGGAUCGGGGACAUCCCAGGCGGCGCCUCCGCGCCUCGGGUCUGCCGAGCUCUGGGAUCGGGGACCUGGGCGCGCAGCGCCUCCUUUUGUGGCCUGAGAGACGGAGUUAACCUGAGGGACCCUCUCCGCCUUGAGUCGCGCAAAAGUGGCAAUGGGAGUCCUGUGGAUGGCAGUCGGAGGCAGGAGGUGAAAUCUGUUUGUCCCUUUCCUCCCCACGCAGGGCUCAGCGUUUCGCCGGUGCGCUGCGUCUCUCCGGGGGCUGCGCCACCCUCGGGUGAAUCCCCAGAAACACGAGGCAGGAGCCCUAAGGCCGAAUUGACCCCCUCCAGGUGUGGGGUGUUCCGCUCUCUGUCACCCGGCGGGCUGGGGAUGCCCUCCUCUGCCUGCCUUCGGCUUGCCCCCGGCUCUCAGGCACAACCUGAGUAGGUAUUUCGCUUCAGCUUCUCAUCUCUUGAGCGUAUGAGGCUCCUCUCCCACUCCCUCCCCUUUUCGUCGUUUUCGGCGUUGAGAUUAGAGCCUUUAGGGAGACCCGUUGUCUUGUGGCUCCUUUUCUCUGAACUCCUUUAGGAACAAGCAUGUCACCGUCAAUGCUGGGCAGCAGAUAGCCUGGCAGCUACGGGAAUAGAAAUAGCUGGUUUAAUUUGGAAAUACAGCUACAGUUUGUUUUUCAUUAUAAUGAUCACCUAGAAGUUUAAUAAGAAUGGAGAUUAAGCUAGAUGUUCUCAUUUCUACUUGUACCAAGCAAAGAAAGCCAUGGCCUCGCAUCUCGUGGAUUGGACAGGAAAAAGAGGCUAUUUUUCUUCUAGAUGAUAAACGUAUAUAUGAAAUUAACCUGUCAUCAGGGAAGACAAAGAAGAAAAUCCCUCGACUACAGUCAGUGUUGAAAAAUGUAGCUGUUUUAACAAUAUCAAGAAACAGUGCUUGGUUAGCAGGAAUACUUACAACAGGAGAACUAUUUCUUUGGAAUAAAGAUCAGGACAGCUUGAAAAUAGUUCCAGCCAUUGAAGAGUCUAGGAAAGUAGUUGCAGCAGCACAAGAAUGUUCAAUGAGAUUGUAUUUGUAUGUGUCUGGAGAUGGCAGAAGGGCACUAUUAACUACUCCUACAGCGUGUGUGUUUUUGUGGGAGAGCACAGAACAGGAAAAUACAUCCUCCAAUAAAAAUUCUUCUGGGCACUGGAUGCAAAUAUUACGUGAUGAGUCAGUCACCUUGCCUUCUACUGAAGAAAAAGAAACCGGAGUGCAUGCUGUUUUCAUACAAAGUGAGGUACUGGGUGAUUGCUGUUUGUGCUCUUUUGUGUUUUACUCUGGAGAAUGCUUGAUGCUUACAUCUUUGAUUCUUCGAUGGCAUGAAAAUAGCUUUAAAUAUAUUAGUUCUUUACCAUACCAUAUCCACUGGAUACAGCACACUUUUUCUCUCAUUGAUUUGUUUCCUCCAUGUGUAUCUGUAAAGUCAAGAGGAGCUUUGCUAUGUGCAUUUACAAGAGAUGGACUUCAGCUUGCAGUAGCUGUUAAUCAAACUGAUCCAAAGGCAACUCAGAUUUUGUUUUUAAGCACAUUGAAUUGUGUAACUGUUUCGGGUAGCCUUAAAGGUUGUAGCAGCAAGAAUGGUAUGGUCCCGUCCAAGUUUAUCAGAUCUUACUGGGUUGGUGAUAUGAGUUGGACUCCUGAUAGCCUUUUCUUAGCUUGCAUUUUAAAACGUGGAUAUUUGAUUUUAUUGACCUCUAUGGGUGAAUUGAUGACCUUGGUUACUUCUGGCUGCUCUGUAGAAUUUGGACCAGCAGAGUUUAUUCCAUUUCAUCCACUAAUAACAUACAGAUGGCAGAACACACGUGGUCAAGACUCUAGUCAGUCUCUUGGUUCUUCAGCUUCUGAAAGUGAUGUUAUGAGACAGAGAUUCUCUGUUGCCUCACACUCAAGAUUACCCUACCUCAUUGUCUCUGAUGGUUACAUGAUAACAGUGCUUAGAUUUCCCAAGAACCUUUCACCAUCAGGAUUUGUAAGAUCUCUCUUGCUUGAUUCGACCCAAAGGCUUGAAAAUAUUCGUGGGAGUUUGCUGAACUCCAAGUCUAAAGGGAGACCUCUCUGUUUACGAUCACUGUUGUCUUUAAAAGCUACUCUGCUAAAAUAUACUCAAAAACAAAGUUCCAUCUUUUCCACCAUUCCAAAAUUUCUGGAAGAGGACACAAUAGAACUGAGUGAGAAAACCACAGAUUUUCUGGAUUUUGAAGAAGAAUCAGAUGAUGAAAAGCAGAUUUGUAAUGUCCCUUCCAGCUUCUACAGCCAAGUUGGUAAAGCUGAUCAAGGCCACUUAGAAUUUGCAUCAGUGUUUGAUACCAUCCAUGCAAAAGACAAUAUGGAAGAGCAAGAUAAAUUAUCAGUGGAACUAUAUUCCAUUCAGAAAAACCUUCAUGCUGCGUGGCAGAUAGGGAUUUCAAAAAAUACGGAAGAGAAGGAUAUAUUACUGAAUUACACAGUGAACUGUAUUAUCCAUUUUUUCAAUGUUCUUCAGUUUGUGAAAUAUUCUUUGCUAAACCAGGAGUCAUCUUUAGAUAUGUCUAUGAAGAAUACGCACUGGAUGCAUUGUGUCCUGAAAUAUUUCCAACAGUAUUUGACUGUCUUGUACUGGCAUUCAAGAGCCAGUCUGACUGGGCACAUCGCAAAGCUGACUUUACAAACUUUAAAAUUGAUGCUUAUACAGCAACAAGACCAGUUGUUUUCAAAAAAUCUUUUGGCAUGCUUCUGUCUUCUGAAAAUGGUUUCUCAUGCUCUGAGUAGCAUGUGCGUACUGCAGUAUGAAAAUUUUUUUGCGUCUCACAGCAAUAGUAUUGUGGAACUUGACUCCUUUACGGUGCCUAUUUUGCUAGUUCUUGAUGACAAUACUACUCAGCAGUUCAGCUCACUGAAGUCUCUGCUUAGAGAGCCUCCUCAAGCAGUAGACUAUAAUGCAAAAACAGAAAAAAGGUUGAUUGUACUGUGGCAAUUGUUGUAUAAGAAAGUGAUUUGGUAUCAGAUGCAGCUGGACAAAAGAGUGAACAAGAAUGCAGAAGAAGAGUCUGUUGUGUCAUUGCUUUUAAGUCAUGUACAAGCAACCCUGCAGUCUUCAGGAGUGACCUUAGAACAACAUUUGAAGAUCAAUUCUGUAUCUGGUGAGGAGAAGUUCCUUUUAGGCUCAUACAAAGAUUCCAUUGACAUUUGGAAAAGAUCUCUUUGUGAAAUCAAGGCAAAAGGAGGAAAAAGAUCCCAUUUUCUUCAGAGUAGAUAUUACCUUGCAAUAUUAUUUUGCCACCUGUAUCAGUAUAACUUGUGUGAUGCUCAGGGGCUCUGUGAUCAUCUGGUAGAAGAGAUUUUAAGGCGGUCGCAGAUCUCAGUGGGUCAGAUGGAAAAAUUUUCUGAUACCAAGUAUUUUCAGCAUGAGCUUUGGAUGGUAACAGAAAUUCAUACUGAAACUGCUAUGGCUGUGAUUCGAUCCAUGGCACGAUUCAUGGCUGCAUAUUUCACAAAUCAGCUGCUUUAUAUCUUUCCUCCACACAGUGUUGACAUCCUGUAUCCACUUCACAUCAGACAAGACUUGUCUCCUCGUAUUAUUCCACUGCAACACUGUUUGGUUACCAGAGCUGUCAGGGACCAGAACCUUUCAUCUGUGUGGACAGCCGAAUAUGCACUUGAUUUGUUCUUUAUCAGUGGACUCAUUCCAGAGGCUGUGUGGUUAACACACAAACUUGGGGACUGGAAAGUGUCUAUUUCAAUUGGUAUGGCCUACCAGCUGUAUUGUCAAAACUCUGAUGAAUCCUCAAGACUGAAAAAUAUGGAGAGUCAAUUGCCAUUAAGCUUAUCACCAAGGCAGACUUUUCAGGAAAAGUUACAGUCUUUGUUGGGACACCCAGUUACUUCUGAGACAUCAGGAUGCAUUCAAUGCAAGCAGUUUACAGAUCCCAUUGAAGAGGAAGAUGCAAAUAUUCUUCAUAGUUCAAUACAGGAACUACUGAAAGCAGCUGUUAUGGCAGAUGCUGAUAUUCUUUCACAGACAUUUGAGCUGUUGCUGGAUUCUGCCAAGGAUCUUAGCAGAAAAUUGUAUGGAUUAGUUCCAAAUGGACUUUAUCUUCCAGCACCACCCUUAUACUGUCCUCAACCAGCUUUUCUCAGUGAAGAAGACUGCAAUGACGUUCUUUUAAAAAUUGAGAGAGAAAGUCGUCAGAAAGUGUCAGGAGUUCUUCAGCGAAUCAUCUUGCUCUUCCAGGCUGCUUGUUCUUCCUUACCUGUAGCACAGUGGUAUAUUACACAACUGAAGCAGGCAAGAAAAGUUAUGCAAAAAAUUCGAGUGAAAGGAUCUCUUCCCUCCCUGAGUCCAUUACCAGAGACUUUGCUGCGUUACUCCAAUUUGCACACUGUUUUCUGUAGAUCUACAUUGUCUGUUGGAGACCAACAGUUUGAUGAUUUAACCUGUAAACUUCUAGGUUGGUUCAGAGAGCUAUGUGCAUUGUGUUGGAUGAUUCAUGUUCGUGAAAGAUUAUCUCACAACUGUAGGCAGUACCAAACUGCAAGGGAAAAUAUUAACAGUCAUAAGGAUCUGAAGAAGAGUGAAUAUGAUGCCUCCGCAGUUGAGCUUUGUCUGAAUGCAGUGGAGUGGGCUUGUCGAAUGCUUCCUUUCUGCAGGUUCAUGAAUGCUGAAGAAUUAGUUCAAGAUGUAAUUUUGAGUCUGCUUGGAGAAUUGCCACCAGUGAAAAAGGUGGCAGAGAUUUUUGUAAAAGCAUUUCCUAAUCCUGAAAACGUAAGGGUUCCACUAAGAGAGAAAUAUCAUAGACUUCAGCAGCGACUCCGACAGAGUGUUGUUAAAGGUCCUGAAAGUGAAGAAAUGAUGUCGGUUCUUAUACAGACUGCUGAAAAAGUGAGAAUGAAGUCCUUGAGACUUGUAAUAAGGAACAUAGGCCCCAUAGAAAUUAAUAUUUGGGAGCCAGCAGAAGAGGGAGCAGCAGAUAAAGAACAGUAUUAUGACAGAUUCUCAUUAGGCACUAGUCUGAGCAGAAGCACACUUACUGAUCUUGGGAAUGCUCAGGUAUAUAGUGAUGCUAACACAGCAGAUACACUUUCUGAUGCUUUGUUUCCUGAAGAAAUGAGAACUCAAACACCUCCACUCCAAAGGGAUAGUGAACAUCAGAGACAAGGAGAAAUAGGUAGCAAAAACACUACAUGCAAGAUAAAAGCUCUUAACUGGAAAACAAAACAUCAAGACAAAACUUAUGGAAAAGAUACACCUAAUCAAUAUAAUUUGCCUGUAGUUGGGGCAUGGGAAUUUGAACGUGAUGAUGAUGAAUAUGUUAAUUUUUUAGAACUCUUUUUGAGUUAUGUUCUUGAGAGAGACCUGAUAAAAUACAGUGACCUUGGAAUUCCAUUUCUUACUAGCUUUUCUGGACUUCUUCGAGAGCAUGAGUUAAACUCUCUCUUUUUUGAUGUUCAUACAACACUAAAACGUCGACAAGGCAAAACUAGAAGCCAAAGUGUUUUUAGAGCAGGGUCUUGCUACACUGUCACCCUUACAUCUUCUGAUCCUGAAACAAUAUCCAUCUGUAAUGAAAACCAGAAUAUUUUGGAAAAUCCAACCAUCGUACAGUCCAUUGUACAGCCAACAGAACCUUCUGUGUGUAACCAAAGGAAAGGACUUAAUGAAGGAUUGUUUGGUUUAAAACACAAGUCAAUUUACAGAACUCAGAGUGAUAUGCAAGGAGUCACUGUUCCACCAGCAAGCCAGACCUUUCCUAACCGUACUUUCUGUGGCCUGAAAACUGAGGCAACUUCUCAAUACACUUACAAAACUAUUGAUGUAGUUGAUACUGUACCAGGAGAAGAACAAGUUACAGAAUUGCUGGGUAAGUUCAGCAAUAUUGCAAAAUUGCUUGAGUGGAUGAUCAGAUGGUCUGAGAAAAGACUGCUCUGUGGUUCCUACAAACAAGAUUCCUUAGAAGAGGUUCUCCCAGUUAUACAUGUGAAAACAUCAGCAGCUGCUGUCCUUACUUCUUUGUGGCUAUUAGAACAUUUAUACGGAGAUGCAUCUCAAGCAGAGAGCAUAAAAUAUAAGAGCCCAAAUAAUCAGUGUCUGAAAGAAGUUGCAUCUGUAUCAGAAGCCCAGUCUAAGACAGAGAAAGAAAGUAGUAUGGAUGAAGGCUCUUGGAUACUGGCCAAUCCUCCUCUUGAUGUCCAGAUUGUACAAGUGUAUGAUGAUACUUGUGUAACUGGUUUUGGGAUGUCUACAAAGUCAAAAUAUUUUACUAAGAAGGUAAUUAAUAAUGAGAGUUAUUCUCUGCCUUGUACAACUGAAGACCUUAAUGAAGUUGGACCAUUUGUUCAGGAAGAGUUAGAUGUAACAUCAGAAAGAGAAGAGUUCUUUGAGGAGCCGUAUGAAACUCCAAAGAGCUCCAAUAGCUCUGUCAAGAUUAAACCUGUAGAACAUCAAAGAGAAGAGCAGGUCUCCGUUUCAGAUGUAGAUAGUCCCCAAGAAGGUCAAAAGACAGAAAAAACAAAGGAAGGAAAGGCUGAACAGAAUGUCAUGACUGAGGUGGUUGCUAGCAGCAUUUCUCUCUCGUUCUCUUUACAAGAUGCAGAAUUUCCCAGUAACAGAGAGAUUUCUCUAAAUGGUAGUCAGCCUUCCCAGACUGUUGUUUCAACUGUGUCGAAUGUUGCCUCCAACACUUCCAUUUCUGCAAAGAAGCAAGAAGUCAACGAAGAAGUCCCUACAGAAGAGAAACUGAAUACAUCAGAAACUGUCAGGCAGAUGCUCCCAGAUGAAAUGUUUAGGUUAGUUCAGCUACAGCAAAUCAACUUCAUGAGUUUAAUGCAAAUAGUACAGUCAUCCUUUACCAGUGUGCAAAAUGUUCCACAAAUCUUGCAACAGCAUCAAUGUAUUCACUUGGAAGGAAGCCAACCUACACACAGUGCCAAAGACAAUGGCUCUCUGGAAACACAACUGCCGACUCAAGAAGAUAAAGGAAAACCUGUUCAAAACAGCUCUGAUUUUCCACCACAGAAUAGUUUAAGUGAUGAAAGCAACAAUGGCCAUAUAAAAAAUCAUCUGGAUGUGAAUGUUUCUUUAAGCCUAUUAGAAAGCCACAGCAAAGAAACAGGAUUUUUUGUACUGCCUCAAGAUUUGUAUUCUUCAGCAUCUACUAAACCACUUCAUCUCCUAGCUCCUUCCUUGGACAUCCAGAAAACACCCAAGGUUAUCCCUAUUGAAAAAUCCCCGAACCAUUCAAAUAGAUUUCCUUUGCUUAAGCUUGCGUCAGGUUGCCGUUUUAAACAGUCAUGUUUACGUUCAGUAGAAAUGUCAUCAGCUUUUGGUAGGCCACCCCCAGUACCACAAGUAGCUUGGAGUUCAUCAGAGUCCCUAUGGAACCAUCAGUCAUCAUACACACCUAUAAGGAAUAAGUCAAAGGAAGAUUUGAAAAUGAGUAGAUAUGAUCUUGAAAUCCCUAGACAAAUGCACGAGGAAGAAAAAAGAUGGGCAGAAACAGUGCCUAAGGGACCUCCCAAACACCUCAGUCUAGAUCAGCAUGAAGGACAGCAAGAAGUUUCACCUCAUGAGCAGUUCUCUGCAAAUGUGAAUGUGAAUAAAGCACUGAUUGCUCAGAGCCUGGCUGGUAUUCCACUGUUGCAGCUUGACCCAGUACGUAGACUUCCACCAGAUGAAAGGCAGCCAAUCACUGCUACUUCAAUACCUGUUAAACCUGCAACAAAGGAGACCCGCUGCAGGAAAACACUACAGCACACAGGAAUACCACUACUCCCUGCUAAUCUACCUCAAAAAAAGAAGGCACCAAAACUCAUUCCACUUCGAGAUCUCAUUGCAUUUGAACAAAGCUGCCAGCAUCAUACCAUGCCCAGUACUUCCUUUGGACAAGACCAAACUGAACCUAUCCAGUUACUAAAAACUGAUGUUGAACCAUUUGAAAUAAGAGAUAUGCGGAAUAAUAGAAAAAGACAAAAGAGGCGUGAUAAGAAACAAACGGAAGAGAAGGAGGGAAAGAGGAAAGCAAGUGUGUCCUGCUGCCCAGAUGACAGUGUCAUCAGUAUUAGUGAUAAAGUGAUGGUUGCUGAAUCAGAGAUUGGGGAUCGACAAGCAAAAUUUACAUCUUGCCUUCAAGGUGGGUUUUUCAUUUCAAUGGACACAAUGAGGGAAGCAAUUACUACUCCAGUAGAUGCACAUACCUUGAUUUCUACAGGAAAAAAAACGCAAGAAACUCAAGAUGCCAGUACAAAUACUCACCUAGUACUGAAAUCGUAUCAAGAUGUUGGAGUCAGUGCUGGAAAUGAGGUUUCUGAAGUUCAGAAAAAUGAGCCAGUCAUGUCUGUUCAUGUGUCAGAGUCAUCUAAUGCUCCUGAGAUACUGCCAGACAUGGGUUUAAACCCAAAAUUCCACACUGAAAUAAAUGAGAGACCUUUACCAUCCUUUCUGUUAGAUCCACUUGAUUUGGAUGAAGAUAAGUAUAUCGGUGUGAUGGACAUUCAAGACUGUGAUGCCCUUAACAAUCUGCCCAUGAUACCUGAAUCUGCAGAAGAGUUAGCUACUGCAGAGCAAAAUGAGAAGUUUGAAAUUCAGUCUUCUGCAAAACUCCACCAGACAGCAGCUUCUGUUACUAAUGCAAUUCCAACUGAGACGCUUCAGGAGAAAGAUGAUAAUUUGAAAAAUGUAUCAAGCCAAGUGCAGAAGGAAGAUAAGUCAGAUUCUACUAGAGAUAGUGUAACUUGGAACAUAGUACAUGUCGGUGACAGAACUUUCCCUUCUUUGGGGCUUCCAUCCAAACCAGCUGGUAAAGAAUACUUGCCCACAAAGCAGCAGGAAAUGGGUAUGCGAUUACAGACGCUGCAGAAAAUGACAGAAAAUAUGGAGGAGGAUUUCAGAAGUACCAGACUGCUAGUGAAAAUAAUAGAAGACUUUGAAGUGGCUGCCAGUUUAGACCUUGGUGCUCAUCCUUCAUUGUCUGAAGAUGCUACAGUCACUGAUGAUGGCUUUCACAUAUGCAGAAAUAUGUGUGAUAGCUUUUUAGGUGACCCACUGCAAAUUACUGCUCUGAGCGGUGUUGCUGAUGUCAUUAGUGACCUUGCAGUAGAAGGUGAUGUCUGUCCAUCGGAGCUGGGCUUCCUGAAAACACAAGCUAAGAAAAUCUCUAGGGUUCAUGAUUCUGCUGCCAGCCAUUCUCACAAAACAGAAAAGGAGAAGAAAGAGAUACAAGUAUGGAUGAAAAGAAAGCAAAAGGAAAGGAUGAGAGAAUAUUUGAAGAAACUAGAUGAACAAAGACAGAAGGAGCAUAAUCCAUUCAAACCAAGGCAGAAUGGGCAUCGCAGUGUCACUUCAAAGGACAUUCAAGCCUUCCAGAAGAAGAAAGAAGAAAAAAACAAAGCCAUGCUAGCUGAACGUCAAAGGAUAACAAUAUCACAAGCACUUGCUCUGAUGAAUGACUUGUUACGUGAACCACUGGCAUUACCUGCAAAGGAGUGUAGACCAUUGCCCAGGACAAGGCCACCUCAAGAGCACAGAACAAGGCAAAUGGCAUCUACUAAAGGAGGGUAUCUGAAGAGUCCUGUUCUGUCAGAAAGGAACAGAACUGCUGCCAAACCCAGCUUUGGUCAAAAAGCACACCAUUUCACUCCAGCUUUUGGUUUAACACACUCCAAGGGAAAUGCCUCUAUGCUCCUACAGAAAAGUACUUCCAGAGGAAGAAUGAGAAAUGCUGCCAAGUAUCCUGUUGGUUCUAGACAGUCUGCUGAGUACAGAGUUGGCAGGACUUCAAAACAAAAGCCUUCACACGUUGGCACUGCAGUUCAGACAGAAAGUUUUUACCAAGAGACUGAUCGAGACAUAGUAAGUCCUUGGGCUGUGCCUGACGAUAUCCAAAGAAUACCUGAGGAUGUUCAUGACUCCUUGCUUCAGCAGGGCUCUGCACUGCAUCCCUUGGUUGUCUCUCCUCUCAGCAUUAUUGACACUGAUGUUUCUGAAAGCACAGGAAGUAUCCUCAGCAAACUGGACUGGAGUGCCAUUGAGGCCAUGGUAGCAGAUGUCGAAGACAAGUGAACUACAUUUCUCAGCUGCUCUGCAUUUCCAAGUGGUUGCUGGUGGUUGCAUUUUUUAAACUAAUCAUUAUUCUACUUAGAAUGGAUUGAGGCUUGCAUUGGUUUCCUUCUCAAGCAGCACAGAAACUCUCACUGCUUUUAGUCUUACUUAGAUGAAAGUCAACUACUUCACGUGGAGUUUGCUUUCCAUAUGUCUUCAAAUCAACAAGAACUAUACCUAGUUGGUAAAUGUAGACCAACAGUCUUAAACAAGAACUUCUGGGUUUUCUGGCCUACUUUGUCCUGCUCAAAUACAUGAAAACUGCUCCUCGGUUUUAAGAGAACUACCCAACUAUUUUACCUUUGUGCUAAAUAUUUGACAUAAUUAUGGAUGAAGUAUUUUUGUUACUGAGCAGUUGUGAUAAACUGAUUUAAUAAAAGCAAGAUUAUGAGUUUCUGCUGUGAAGUGAUUUACACAGAGCAGUUACUGCUGUACACCAUCACUGUGGCUAUACCACCCUAGUAUUUUAAGCCCAGCUUACUUGUUCAGUAGUUCAGAGAUGCCUUUAAGAGUUUCAAUGGUGGAAGGCAGUACAAAUAGGCAGGCAGCAAUAUGUAAAAUAUAGACCUCUGUGGGGAAAACUAGACACCAGCAUAAGACACUAAGGAGCAGUACUUAGUGAGGUGAAGCAUUGCCAUUCAUCUGUCUGUGUAAUACUGCUGCCUUAGAGCUCUUCGAGCAGUCCCCAUGUGUUUGUAGAACAAAAUGUCUUCAGUGGCCAUGAACUGGCUGUAGUAGCCUGGACAGAUGCAACUGUGGUCACUCCUUCCCGUUGGCAGCAGUUUUUAUGUUUGUGGUGAAAUUUGAAUGGAAGCCAAAAGUGCGUGAAGUUCCUUUGGUCAGUUACUGCCAUCAAAUACUGCAAUAGUUCUUUGAAAAAAAAGCAAUACUAAUUCCAUGUUUCUGAGUUAAAGCUGCAUCUUGGCAAACAUCAAGAAAUGCCAUUCAAAGGAAGCCUGUUAGAGGCUUACACACAUAUUAGUUUUGAUCUACUGCCCUUAACAGAGGAAAUUCUUUGCCUUCCCAGGAAAUUCUACUGAGUAGAAUAAAUUUACCAGUUUAAGAUACUCAAAGUUUCUCAUUGCGUGCCAACAUGCUCUCUAGGUCUAGCCAUGUGAGCCCACAGAGCAUGACCAAGCUGAAUAUGCUGUGCGCUGUUGGUGCAUCCGUGAGCAUGACAGUUCAUACAGGUUGAAUGCAAUCAGACCAAUAGUGCCAAACUGGAUAUCACUCAGAAUCUAAGCCCAGUACCCUCAGCCCUUCUGACAGAUAUCUGAGGAUAAGCUGGAAUGCAAGGGACUUUAUUUUGUACGAAAUUACUUGACCUUUGAGCGCAACAAAUAGCUUCCACAAUUGGGCUCCUCUGUAAAAUUUCAGUGCCUAAAAUGGAAGCAUCUUCCCUAACAGUCCCCCUUUCUUAAGCCAUUUUUACCUUCAAGGUGGAGCUUGAGUGAUUCUGUUCAUACAUACGUCUAUUAUAAUUGGUGUAAAAUUCUCUCACUUUGCUUUUAAAGGUAUCCAUUAAGAACAAUUCAGAGUGCAACCUCAGUGAAGGUGUGUUUUGGUAUUUAUCACGAGGUGGUUAUAAGCAAAGUUCACCCAAAGGAUAGCAUUUUGUCCAAAAAACGACAGACUGGUGACCCAGGUUAUCACACAUUAUCUGUUCCAUAGUACCAUGGAGUUCCCUUCUUCUGCAAUAACUCACAACACCCUGCCACAGAGUCAUCACUUGGUCUCAGCCUCUGUGCUGGUUGCCCAGGGAACCAUUGCUGAAUGGAUUUCUUGCAUGCCAGCUGUGCUCCGGCCUGGAACCUUUUUUAAUGUUAUACUUUUCCUCAAUAUAUUGAGCAAUGCUAUUCUUCUAACGUAAGUUUAAUGUCUAAAUUAUUUCCAGUAAUUAUUCCACAGCU